GAGUAUCCUGCCCUGGUAACUUCCUAAACUUCGGGGAAACGUGUUUGUAUCUCGCUAAGGACAUCGGAAUAACUUGGGAAGCCGCUCUGCUCUUCUGCCAAGACUUGGGAGGACAUUUGGCCGUGUUCCGAGACGCCAACGCAUACGCACGCGCUCUUGGAUACGUUAAAGCUUCAGGCAUCGCAAAAACAUCGAAUGUCUGGAUAGGCGGAAAUGACCAUUCGGUAGAAGGGAGUGGAGGUGGGUGA